AAGAUCGCGCACUGGCACUUCUACCUCAACUUGUUCGUUGCUGGGACUUGCUCCACCGCGGUCGGGCGCGCAGAGUGGCCAAAGAGCGCGAUCGAGUGGGGCGCGGCGAUCGCUGGCAACGGCCGUUUACGAAAGUCGCUGAGGAGGCUCAUCGCAGACGCGCGCGAGGACGCGCUCGGCGCGUGCGAGGCCGCGCUCCGGGGCCGACAUCCAGAAGUUCAACGACAGCUUGAGGGUCGGCAAGGUGCGGUGCCUGCCGCGCUGGCGAUGCAGUUCCCAGCGCGGCCGUUCUACCCAAUGAUGCUCCAGCACUCUCCAUUCCGGGUGCUGCGGACCUGGUUCGACGACAUCAGCAUCAGGAUCGUGGGCAGCAGGUCCCAUGCCAUCGACGUCGCAGUAGAGGCCGCGCGCGCGCUGUUCGCGCGCCUCGGACAGCAGGGCCUCGAACUGGCGGACAACACGACGCCCCUAGGCACGCGCUUCGAGGGCGCGAUGGACAUCGGGCAGCAGCUGCUGCAGAGGGGCGCCAAGCUCAAGGUGGCACAGCGGGGCGCGACCUGGGAGCUGAUCGCGCCACGCGGGGAGCCGCGACGAGACCGGCCGUGGGAGCGCGCCGGAAAGGACUCCGACGAC